AUGCUCAUUAACGUCGCGGUCACCAUUGACACAAUUUGUCCGUGGUGUUUUAUCGGCAAACGUCGUCUUGAAAAGGCCAUUCGACAUUUCACCCGGUCUCACCCCAACGUGCAGUUUGACGUGACCUGGCAUCCGUUCCAAUUGGAUUCCACAAUGACCAAGCUAGGUCGAUCCAAAUUAGAGCAUUACCGUCGUAAAUUUGGACCUGAGAAAUCGUUGGAGAUUCAAAAAAUUAUGGAGGAAGUUGGCCGACAAGAAAAGAUUCAGUUUUCUUACAAUGGCGAUAUCGGCAAUACCUUUGACUCUCACCGGCUCAUUUACUGGGCUCGGUCCUUGGGCAAGCAGAACGAAAUCGUGGAAGAACUUUUCAAACUGUAUUUUGAAGAGGAGAAAAAUUUGGGUGUCCUGGAUACCUUGGUGAUGGCCGCUCGGCGUGCGGGCAUCGACACUCAAAAGGCGACAGACUAUCUAAACAGCGAUGAAAAUGUGGAUAUUAUCCAGGAUCUGCUGCUAGACACCCAGAAAGAUAAUUUUCAAGGUGUACCUAAUAUCAAGAUCGCAGACAAGUACACACUCGUAGGAGCCGAAGAACCAUUCACAAUACUGGCUUUGUUUGAAAAGGUAGUGGCGAGCUCAGUGGUAUAA